AUGGGUCAAUCUUGUCUUUUCGUCUCGACUUCAUAUCUCUCUGUAAAGCAACCGACGACUUCAUAUCAGAAGUGGAGGUGGCAGCCUAAAGACUGUAAUUUGCCAAAGUUUAUAGGGAAAUUGUUGGUGGAGAAAUCGAAGAACAAGAGGCUUAUGUUCGUUGGAGAUUCGUUGAAUAGAAAUCAAUGUCACAAGGGAAGGAUACUUGAACCAGUAGAAAAGCUGAAGGGUGGAUUAAGGAGCCGAAGUCCUAGACCAAGUUCUAGGUAUAGAGAUGAAUACAAGGGCUACAGGAGGAUAAGUCGCAGCAGUAGCAGGGAAAGAAGCAGGUCUCCUCCACGUAGGAGUAGGUCACCUUCUAGAAGCAGAAGCCCUGAAGGAGGAGGAAAUGAGAAAGCAUCAACAUCAUCACCCUAUUCCCAUGGUAGAGCUGAUUCUAGAAGCCCUUUGCAGCGUUCUGAUUCCAAUGGUUUGCCUGGACCAAUGGGGUUGAUGAGUACUAGUCAUUUGGAACAAGAAGCUGCAGUACUUGCUUUGUCAACUUAUGCAAAAUUUGAAAAGGUAGCAAUCUUGUUGAAAGGACUUAUGAAUCAGAUAUUAAUGGUAACAAGUUUAACACUCGAGUCCAUACAAUUAGAUGUUAAUGCUAGACUUGAGAAUCCUAGGAACUCCGCCUUAAAAAAAAUCUUCUCCCUUCCUGCCAUCAAGACUUGA